CGUUUCCUAUGUUGUCAGCCCUGUGUGCAUUGGCCAAGGUGACGGUUGGAAAGAUGUCAAAGUGCCGGUACGCUGUGCUGAAUCGACCACUGUUCAAAAUAUUCAUAAUUUUGAUUGAACGAUUGUAUAGAAGCAGCACGUGAAUGUAUAGAAAUAAUCUUCUGGUAGAAUCAUAGACAAAUAAAUAUUAAAAUCUGUUAAUCAAAUGCUGCAAACAAUACAUUUUCUAGAAAGCAAUUAAAAAGGCCUACCUUGAGUGUAUCUACCUUGUUUGAUGUGUGGUUUUCGCUGAAAAUCGUUGACAGGCACUUUGUUGUUCUUUUUCACAGGCCAAAACAACGUGAAUUGGUUAGUGGUUUUGUAACAAAGUUUGAUAAAAACAGAUGUUUGUUUAAUUGGAAAAAGGUUUUCAUUCCCUUCCUUCAGCAACAAAAUGGCCUUUGCUGGUAGCAUACUCACAUCGCUGGCAAAAUGCUUCUGGAAACCGCAAGUUACCGCUGUCCGGUAUCGCUAUCAUGCCGACAAAGUGGCUCGCGGACCGCUCAUUCGGCGGUACGGUUAUGAGGACAAAAUACUGCAACGGGGUCUUCUACCCCAUCUAGAUAACGGACAGAAGCUGCCAAUGCCCGAUUACAAACCCAAGAACGCUUGGUGCGAGAAACGUGCACUGUUCGGCCAGAACGAUUAUAUCGAUAUUCUUGGCGACGAUCGGCUCCAUCCUACCCGUGUGCUGUACUCUGUGCCGGCUUGGCUCCGCGGUGUGUCCGGCAACGAGUAUCAGGUGCUGCUGCGAAAGCGAAAAAUGCUUAGCCGGACGAUUUACCCGGUCGCCAGGCCAACGAAAUGGCGUGAUAUGGAGAAGCGCAUUUCAUAUCUGUACCGCUUCCUGAACCGAAAAACGAAGACAGGAUUUUCGAAUGUGUAAGAUUGCAUCGUUACUCGCACUAGUAUCCCCUACUAUAGACAUUUAAUAAAACGAAAUUGGUGGCUUUAUUCAA